UGGGGGGAGAGGGGAAACCACGCCAUCCCCGCCCCUUUCCCAGCCGUUUUUGUCGUUCGGCCUCCGUAGCGGCGCGUGCGCUGUGUGGCUCUGACAUCAUCGCGCAGCGACGCGGUUGGGAGCGGCGCCGCGAUGUUCAAGGUAAUACGUCUGAGGGCUGCACCUGCUAGCCUGAGCUUGCUGUCCAUCCAAGUAUAUGCUUCAUCCUUGAAGAAGGAAACUCCAAAAAAAGAGUUGCUAAAAAUUGAUGAGCUUUCACUCUACUCCUGUCCAACUCAUGAGUCUAAAUAUGUGGAGGAGCCACAAACCCAGUUGGAAAAGGGGAUCUCAGAUCUGCGGCAUUCUGUGGAGCCAUAUACAUCUUGGUGUCAGGAUCUUUACACUAAAGCUAUGCCCAAAGUAGAAAAAACUGUUGAACGUGGUAGAGAAAGUUGUGAAUUUCUCAAAAAUGCCCCGCCAGGAUUUUACCCAAGGCUUGGUGUCAUUGGUUUUGCUGGAAUUGUUGGACUGUUUCUUUCUAGAGGUUCAAAAAUAAAGAGGUUGGUGUAUCCAGUGGGCUUCAUGGGGAUUGGUGCCUCGCUAUAUUAUCCACAACAAGCUGUUGCUAUUGCAAAGGUCACUGGUUCAAGGUUGUAUGACUGGAGUUUGCAAGGAUAUGUAGCUGUAGAAUCUCUCUGGAAGGAUAAUCCUAAAAAGAAGAAAUCUGGAAAAAAAGCAAGUGAUAAGUCUGAAGCCAACAAUGACAUGCCAGUGGAAGUACACGUCAAUUCAGGUGAAGAAAGAACCAUGAAGUAGAAUGCGCCAUCACUUCCCAUCAAAGAGGUGCAUAGAAGAUUUAGACAAGAUCAACAUUUUUCUAUAUAUAUAUCUAUAGAGAGAGAUGACUGAAGAAUCUGUUUUGAUUACAAGUAUAGUUAACCUGUGUUCUGCCUCAGGAAGGACUAACUUUGCACUAUCUGGUACUCUGGUAUGGACACUGCCUAGGAUUUGUCAGCAUGGAAAGUUUUAGGUCUCAGUCCUGCAACACAGCAUCCAGAGAGCUUUAAGAGUCUGCCCAUGCAGAGCCUACUGGAGGAUCAGCACUGCAAGUAGCAAGUCUCAAAACUCCUCAGUCUCUCAUUACUAUUUAUAUACAUAAUUAAAAUUAAAAUUCAA